AUGCAUCUUUUCAAUAAUCAUGUUAUCCCUUCUCUGCUCUUUUCUCUAUUAGGAAUUGUAUUAUUUACCUCGGCAGUUCCCGUUUACAACGAUAAUUACUGCCUAAACACCGCAACUUAUCAAUCCAGCAUUACAUUCCAAAGCAAUCUCAAGAUUCUCCUCUCAGAUCUCACUUCCAACGCCUCCCAAGGCCGCGACGGCUACUACCUAACAAACAUAGGCUUGGCGACCAUAAACGUCGCCAGUGGCAUCUUCCUCUGCCGCGACGACGUCUCCUCUGCCAUCUGUCAGGAGUGUGUCGCCGCCGCAGCCACAGAGAUAAAACGUCGCUGCCACAACCAGACACAAUCCAUAAUAUGGUACGAUGAGUGCACGUUGGGUUACACAAACAGGUACUUCAACCCUGUCAGCAUCGUCCCAAGAGUGAACUUGUGGGAUGACAAGAACAUCUCCACCUCGGAUUUGAAAAGCUUCAACCAAACGUUGUUCAACUUGUUGAAUAGUUUGGCUGAAGAAGCUGCAAGUUCCCAGCUUGCGAAGAAAUUCGCCACCGGAGAAACAGAGUUCAAGGGGUCAUCGAGGCAGAACAGAGUGUAUGGGCUGGCACAAUGCGUGUUAGAAUCGAGACCAAAGAAAAUAGAAGACUGA